GCGUAUAGAUGGAUAAUUGAUUCAAGAGAUGAGGCAACAGAAAAAAGACUUGACAAAAUGAGAGAUCCCUUUUCUGCUUUUAGGUGUCACACUAUUAUGAAUUGUACCAGAACAUGCCCAAAGGGGCUGAAUCCUGGAAGAGCUAUUGCUGAAGUUAAAAAAUUGUUGGGUGGGGCAGCAAAGAAAGAAGAACCCGGACUUCAAACGAAUGCACUACAGAAUUAAUUCCCCAACGAUUUGUCUUUGGUUCGUGUCUAUUCCCCAAAUCAUGGAGAAUAUGCACGUUCAUACAUACAGAAAUCGUAUUUGAGACAGUCUUUUAGAAAAAGUAUAUAAAAUGUUUCACUGCUACUCGUUAGUAAUAAUAAUAAACUUUAUUCAACUAAA